GCAGCACGAUGGGAAUCUUCUUCUAUUGUUAACAUAUACUUUCCUAACGAUGCAUUCAUUAACGAAAAUGGAGAAGCAAUUGGAAGAGGAUGGUAUGAAUCAAGUUUACAACUUGGACGUAUUGUUAUUGGUAAAGGAUUGAUCAUAGGAUAUGGUGGUAAAGAGAUCAUUCUUGAGAAUUAUGAAAUACUUUGUGGUAAUGAUGAAUACUUCCAGUGGAUUAAACGUCAUGGACCUUAUAAACCAGCGUUAUUCAUUGUACCUCUUGAAGCAGGUCAUGAAUCGGAUCAACGAGAACUAUAUGUAGCAAGAACGCUGCAUAACGGGCAUUAUAUUUAUGGAAAAGCUGGUUGGCAUUUGAAGCAGGGAAUGAGUUAUGCUAUUGACAAACGAGAGUUUUGUGCAAAAGAUUACGAAAUUUUAACCAUUAGCAAAUGA